AUGACUACCUCCAAAGACGAUAGCAGUAUUAUCAACACGGCACCUCCCUCAUAUGACACAAUCUCAGCAAGUCCCAUCCUCACCCCUGAUAUCAAUGCCUGCACUGCCGCUCUCCUAGCUGCAACAUUCUCAAAGAUCCUGCAAUCAUCCAAUAUCGAGGGUCACACAGCGCUCUAUUGGGCAAUUGUGAAUAAUCGACCAGAAGUUGUCUUUGCAUUUCAUAAUAUCUUUCCCCCUCGCGCUUCUUCAAGUUAUGACUACUUUUGCGACGCGCGUCUCGCGUGCAUGACAACUGGUGACCACGUAUUGUUUAAGAAGCUGAAUCUUGCAUAUGGCCCUGCUCCUGGCUGCCCGCCAGAUGAUAUUCAGGUAAAUGCAUGUGACGAGCCCGAGAAUCGCUUCGAUGUUGUUUUGCGCAUCCACAUGUUCCAGAAGCGCCUGCGGGCCGCACAAUUUAUGUACUACGAGUUUGUUGCCGGGGGACGUAUAUGGUGGUUGCGCUUCUCCUUUGUAGAACACACUAGCAUGGUGUGGUGCGUCAAGAUUGGCCUCGCUGAGCAUAGCUAUCCAGCCCGUCCAAACGCCGUACUUCUGAUCGAGGCCCAUAAACGCAAAGCCGGCUGUGAAACUUCACUCAAAGCACUGAAAAUUCCGUUAAAAUUGACAGAUACCGUGAAAAAGCUUGUACCGUAUGGUCAAUUUUGUUUUGGCUACACGAGUCCAAAAUGUUCUGAUCAUUGGCCCAAACACAACAAUAAUAACUGCAUCUCGAAUGAGUUGGGUGAUUGGGUGAUGAACGACAAUACUAAAUAUGUAGACCACGAGGGGACAAGGUUCUGGAACAACACAAACUUGAAGCCGUGGGGUAUCUGCCGCAGUCCGUAUGCAGCGUGCGUGCCAAGGUGGACAGCGAAAAUUUGGCCGAGCUCCUCCAGGCUCUUGCCUUUCAUCUCGCGCACGAAUGUCAAGACAGGCCCGAGGGAGCUAAUAUGCAUGCGAGGUGCUGGAAAGACAACUCUGACGUUUGCGGUGAUGAAUUGGCCUCCAGAUCUGUCAUCAUGGAUAGUCAUAGGGUCGUAUCUCGAAGGCCCAGCAUCCGAGAGGUCGACUGGUGGAAGACAUGUGCGCGACUGGGCUCAGAGUUCGUCUCGGAAAGGGUUGGAUGGCCAUGACACUCUUAAGUCCUGCAUCGCGUCAUAUGCCGGGAGCGACGUCUGCAAGGAGGAGCCCGACCAGCGUUCAUGCGCAUGUGAGGGCAAAGCAAGAAAGUGA